UCUCGUGUUAGUGCAGCUACUGGUUUCCAACUGGAGAGCUGCCGGCAGCGAGCAGCUGACGGGAGGGAGGAGAUCAGCCUCUCCAGCCGGGGCUGGUGUGUCAGGUUUCCAUGCAGAGCACGUGUGGAUAACGAGAGCUGCAAACGCUGCUGCCGCCUGCUCCAGCCGCCGCCACACAGCCGGCCGGGAGCAUGGGGCAGGUGGCUUGGAAGGGUUUAUUUCUGUCCCUUUUUGAUUAUAAAACAGAGAAAUACGUCAUUGCAAAGAACAAGAAGGUGGGGAUCCUCUAUCGAGUGGUGCAGCUCACCAUCCUGGCUUACCUGGUCGGGUGGGUGUUUGUUGUCAAGAAAGGCUAUCAGGACACAGACACAUCUCUCCAGAGCUCUGUCAUCACCAAGCUGAAGGGGGUGGCCUUCACCAACACCUCGGAGCUGGGGGAGAGGCUGUGGGACGUAGCAGACUACGUCAUCCCUCCACAGGGUGAAAAUGUCUUCUUUGUCAUGACGAAUCUGAUUGUGACCCCAAACCAGAGGCAAGCCACCUGUCCUGAGGUAGGAAGAACUGAGCCCCUUGGCUCCCAGACCCCUACAAAACUGGGGAGUGACAGCGUUCCUGAUGCCCUUUGUAACCAGGACGAGGACUGCCCGGCCGGGGAAGCAGUGGUGGCUGGCAAUGGGGUUAAGACUGGCCGUUGUUUGAAAGACAGGGACAGUAUCAGAGGGACUUGUGAGAUACUGGCCUGGUGCCCAGUGGAGAAAAGAUCCAAGCCCAAGACCCCACUUCUCGCCAGCGCAGAGAACUUCACUGUUUACAUCAAGAACUCCAUCCGCUUCCCCAAGUUUAAGUUCUCCAAGGUGAAUGUGCUGGCCACCAACAAUGAGUCCUACCUGAAGAGCUGCCGCUACAGCACGGAGCAUCCCUACUGCCCCAUCUUCCUGCUGGGCAACAUCGUCCGCUGGGCUGGGAGCGACUUCCAGGAGAUGGCCUUGGCGGGUGGUGUGAUAGGAAUUCAGAUUGAAUGGAACUGUGAUCUUGAUAAAGCCCCUUCUGAAUGUAAUCCUCACUAUUCUUUUAGCCGGCUGGACAACAAGUUCUCAGAAAAGUCCAUCUCCUCUGGCUACAACUUCAGGUUUGCCAAGUAUUACCGGGAUGCUGAGGGGGUCGACUACCGGACGCUCAUUAAAGCCUACGGGAUCCGCUUUGAUGUGAUGGUGAAUGGCAAGGCAGGGAAGUUUAACAUCAUCCCCACCAUUAUCAACAUCGGCUCGGGGCUGGCUCUCAUGGGAGCGGGAGCUUUCUUUUGUGACCUGGUGCUGCUGUAUCUGAUUAAAAAGAGUAAUUUCUAUCGAGGCAAAAAGUACGAGGAAGUCAAGUCCAGCAGCAGGAAGUCGCUAGCCAGCCCUACGCUGAACGGGAACCAGAGCCCUGAGCAGCUCGGAGGGCUCUAGGCACAGCAGCAGGUCUGCCAGCCGGACUCAUGUUCCAGGACAGCCACACAGGUGGGGAAGCACACCAGGACUGGGAGGUGGACAUACCCCAGAUCAGAUCAACUGUCUAUUACUGGGAUUUCCAGAGGAAAAGCAGUCCUUUAAGGAACACCUUUCUUUCCCUGAGAUGUUCUCUGGUGUCCUGAGCUUACAGCAGCGUGUCCUGGCCACGGAUUUAUACAAGCAACAAGAAGGCACCAAGCGACUGCUUUGGUAUCUGUUGAUAGAGGUAUCUGUACCUGCACUACCCUGGGGCUGUGCUUUGCUUCCAUGUGUGGGAGAACUGUGAUAUGAACCAUGGCUGCCACUCUGAGGAGGGCUGAGGCUGAGAUUCAACCUGUCCCCUGCUCUGCUGGCUUGUGGCCACCACUUCCAGCUCUUGUGCUCUGCGAAGGAUGAGAAGUCAAGCAGCAGGACUGCUCUUGUCAGGAAGCGCGACGAAAUGCACCAUUUCAGCAGCUCUUGGAGCCUGGGGGAAAGGGGCCUGUUGUCCUACAAAGCCUGAGCUGGGCCUGUGGCACAGUGGGGGCAUCAAUCCUAUUGCAGUGUGUGUGUAACCGUUAGGGCUAGAAGCGGUGCCCCUCCAGGAACAGCAGAAGGUCCUGGCACAUCUCCAAAUAGAGCAGCAGUUGAGCCACGUCUCGAUCCCAGCUACCUCACCUGCCACCCACCACCUCCAUGUGUAGUUGGGCCAGACCUUCAGCAUUUCAAAGCACAGAACAGGUAACAGCAGGCAGAGCAGUGUUCUGAAGCAAGGCAGGGACAGAUGUUGGCAUGGCUGACAGUGGAGGAAGAGGGUUAGUGCCCUGGGAGGAUCUGCACAGGGGAGGUCUUUGGCUCUCCCUCCUUUCCUCAGUGCCUGGUUUCAUUUGCCUGUUGUCCUUUCUGUGUCACUGCUUAUGGUGGAGAUCUGGGUGGGAGACUAAAUGCUUCUGCUGGUGUUCAUAGUACCCUGAAUUGUAC